CGCAGUCUCGCUCUCAGCGCUCGCUCUUUGCAACGCUUUGCUUUGGGAGGGCAUCGGGAAAGCCUAUCCGGUUGACGUGAGGGAAAAGAGCUGAUUUAAGUGAGUGGGGAAAGUAAAUGGGAUGAAAGCUCAAGUCACUAGGUCAGCAGGUCGAACAUUCAAAGCUUCUUAACUGUAGCAGGUGGAAAGAGGAAGAGCUAGAGAAGGAGGAGGAGGAGGCACCCUGGACUCCGCGCGGAGUGUGGAAAGACCUCAGUGGUCUUAUCAUUUACCUGUGCCACAUUCAUUUUGCUCGUUUUCCCUCUGCGUCUUCAUGAUGGACAGAUGGACAGUGUAAAGAAAGCGUCACCAAACAGGGAAAGGCUGCUCCGUACGCACAGAACAAGUGCGCAAAUCUCUGCUAUGAGAAUGGAUAGAGACCGAAAGAGUUGGCACUUCUGGGAGAGCUCGAGUACGGACAGAAGGAGUGCUGUUAGGGCGAUGAUAAGGGAUGUAGAGCGCGGACAGCACUGGACCGUCUUUUUCCUACUCUCGCUUGCGCUGCAGCCGCAGGUUGUGUGUGCGGUGGGCACAUUUGAGGUGCAGAUUCGACAGUGGAUAAACCCUCAGGGCUUUCUACAGAAUGGUCAGUGCUGUGACCCCCAGACCAUUGGGGGGCAGCGCUGUUCAUCAGGUGAUCAGUGUGACACCUUCUUUAAGGCCUGUCUGAAGGAGUACCAAGCUCGGGUUGCACCAACUGGCACCUGUACAUACGGUACUGGGAACACACCUGUCCUGGGUGGCAACUCCCAUACCUUACACCACCACGGAAACGAGGGAAGCGACAGCAGAAAUGGACGAAUUGUUAUCCCAUUUAAAUACGCAUGGCCAAAAUCGUUUUCUCUGGUGAUCGAGGCGCUGGACCAUGACAAUGAAACAUCAGAGGCAGGUAGGGAGGAAUUAAUAGAGCGAGUACUGCUGUCCUCCAUGCUGAACCCAGGUGAGCAGUGGCAGCCCUUCCGGCAUCAUGGCCGCACAUUCACUUUGGAAUAUCGCCUGCGAUUCCGCUGCGACACCAAUUACUACGGCCCACUCUGCAACAAACUCUGCCGAGCACGAGAUGACUUUUUUGGUCAUUUCGACUGUGAUCCUUCUGGUAUUAAGGUGUGUAAGGAGGGCUGGACUGGACCAGAGUGCAGACAAGCGGUGUGUAAGCAGGGAUGUCACAUGGAACAUGGCUCCUGCGAUCUGCCUGGAGAAUGCAAAUGUCAUUAUGGUUGGAAGGGUGAUCUGUGCGAUGAGUGCGAGACGUUUCCUGGGUGUGAUCACGGCACUUGCACUGAACCCUGGAAGUGUGUGUGUGACACAAAUUGGGGCGGCUUGCUCUGUGACAAAGAUCUGAAUUAUUGUGGAAACCAUCAGCCAUGCAAGAACGGUGGUACAUGUACCAACACUGAACCGAACGAGUACCUGUGUGUGUGCCAGGAGGGUUUCCGUGGCCGCAACUGUGACAUCGUGGAGCACGCCUGUCUCUCCUCUCCAUGUGAGAAUGGUGGAACAUGUGUUGAAGACCCAACAGGCUUCAGCUGUGUGUGUGCGCCGGGCUGGACGGGACCCUCCUGUGCCUCUGCAGUGUUGCAGUGUGACUCCAAUCCUUGUGGGCGUGGGGCCACGUGUCAAGAGGCGCCGCAAGGUUUCCAGUGUCUCUGUCCUCCGUUCUGGACUGGCAGAACCUGCCAGCUCGACACUAAUGAAUGUGAGACUGGCGUGUGUGUCAAUGCCCGUUCUUGCCGUAAUCUGAUUGGAGGGUAUUUGUGUGACUGCCUUCCCGGUUGGUCGGGACCAAACUGUGAUGUUCGGAAUAGUAGCUGCCAGGGCUUGUGCCUGAAUGGAGGACACUGUAAGGACUCUCAGUGUGUGUGUUUGCCGGGUUUCUCUGGUAAACUGUGCCAGACAGCAGUAAACGCCUGUGACAGCAACCCUUGUGUAAAUGGAGGGCAGUGUGUGGAGCGUCAGGCUGGCAGAAGCAUGUCGUGCAGCUGCCCGCUGGGAUACACUGGCAGCUACUGUGAGGCGGAACUAGAUCUUUGUAAUCCCAACCCCUGCCCCAAAGGGGUGCCAUGCCAAAGUACAAAAGGAGGCUACAAGUGUGCCUGUCCUGAGGGUUACUUUGGAAAUGAGUGCCUGAGCCUGAAGGAUCCAUGUCAUGAACCCCACUGUCAAGGUGCAGUGUCAGACCCAGGUGGAGGUGGGUUCAGUGUUUAUAUGGUGUUGGUGGGUGUAUUUGCCCUGCUUGUGGCAGGGAGCUGCUCUGUGUGCGCACUACUGCUGUCCCGCUUGCACCGCCGCCAUCGGACCAAAGAGGAGCUACGUACUUCAGCACCUGAGGACAACGCCAUUAACAACCAGCGGCAGUUCUGCACUCUCAUCCGUAACCUUGACCACAGCGUGGCCCUGCUGCCUCCUGCCCAAACAGUGCCCACCUCAGUGCCCAUGCCAGCGCUCUGCAGUGAAGAGAUUGAACUUACACUUCCUCCCUCACCUGCGCCCUCUCCAGCUCUAAAACCAGCCCACGGGCCGAAGCUGGACAUUUGCAACCGUGAACGGGAAAAACUAAACCGUUUCAACUAUGCAGAAAACCAGGAACUGGAGGUGUGACCGCACUUUUACCACUGGGAAGGAACCUGACUUGUGGGUUAGGAGGGUCUGUUGUGGUUGAUGCAUUUUAAUCAACCUCUGCUGGUGAACCUUGACCUCUGAGCUUUGCGUUUUAAGGUUCAAACUGGGAAGGGAAUUAUUGGCACAGGCUGAAGAAACUGACAGGCAGGCAGGGUCCAAAAUAUUAACACACUUGCCAAUGGUGGGUAAACUGAGAAAAUGUAACAGCUGAUCAGUCACGAAACUGUAUUUAUUUUCAUUGAAUUCCAUUAUUGUUGAAUUUGGUUUUAGAAAUGUAUUCUCCUAUUUCAAUUAUUUAACUUUUUUUCUUGAGAUAAAACUGCACUGCUACACUGUUACGCGAGUUGCAACUUAUUUAUUUAGUGGACAAGUUGAUUUUAUUCAUUCGAGGAUCAGAUUAUCAUUCAUAUAAUUCGAUUUAAAACAUUCACCAAUUUAAAACGUCCAAUUUAUUUAGUAGGGCUGGGUUUUGACAAAUUUUAAACAUUUAAUUUGAUUCUGAUUCACAAGCUUUCGAUUCAAUAUUGAUUAUUUUGGAUAUAUUAGGUACAGUACAUGCCAAAUUUUCUCAAGGUAAAAUAUACAUGAGUCAGUUGGUACUACAUUACUAUAUUGAAGGUUAAAAUUAGCUGAUUAUUAUACAAACACUUAAAUUACACUCUAUGAAGUUUUUAGAAUAAUAAUUACAUAAUUAUAUUUCUAUACCAAUUUGUUUUUUUAAAUAUAUAUCAUUUAAAUGGUGGCUUUCAUAAAAACUUGAUGGACUUAUUCAGACAUAAAUUAAACAUUUAAGAACAGUAAAAAAUGAUAAAUAUAGCGAUUACCAGGCUUCAGGCGCUUUAAGCACAUAUGAAACAUUAUGUAACAAGCCUGUAACCACCGAAAUCAGUGAUUUAAAAAAAAAAAAAAGCAUUUUUGGCAAAUGCAGGUAAUUUACCAUAGAAAUAUUAUGUUCUUAACAUUUAUGAAUGUUAUAGCACCAGCUGUGGUCCGAUUCCCUUAAAACUUUGCAUACUUGUUUAGAAUCGCAUGUCGAAUUUUUUGAAGUUUUGAUUUUUCCUUUACGAUUUAUAGGAUUUGGGGUUAAUUUGGACAGGAACGACCCUGUUAUAGCUUCCCAAAGGGUAAAUUUCAACAUUUUUAUAUAUAUUUAUUGACCUAGAGAGUCCAGAAAAUUGUACUGCAGUGUUUUUUCCAGAUUGAGUGAAAAACCAAGGAUUGGAUUAGUUCACAAAAGUAGUUUUUCUCAGACCUCUGGGGCUGUGAGUCAAACAGGCCCAACAAGUUUUAUUCCAAUCACCCUCCUUUAACAUUAUCUAAUAGGUGCUCAAACUUCAUCAGCCAAUGGUGGCCAUGUUUUUUUUUUUGAGUUACGUGAAUGUCCUUAUAGACACAUGCGACACAUUUGACCAAGACCGUGCACAACAAUUUCCAUGUUGAUAAGAUUUGACGUUGAUGAUUUUUUUUUUUUUUUUGGAUAAUUAUUGAUAUUUGCCCUCCAGAAAAUCUUUCUGCACUGGUCUGGUUCCAAUCGGGCGAAAAACCUAGCACUAGUUUGCAAAAGUAGUUUUUUGUUUUUUUUCAAAAAAUCCAAAAUACACAAAAAUUUCACCAGGCUCACAAUUGAAUCUGAGGCGUGUUUUACAACAUAAGACACUUGAAUCUGCGACUGACGGUUUAGGAGUUAUGAGCGAUUUCAUACCUUUGAGCACUGUAGCGCCCCCGUAAGGCCGAUUGGGACAAGCCUUGGUGACGUUGUCGCAGUGUGAGUACCACCAUCCCUCCAAGUCUCUACGACUUCUACAACGGUCUGCACGAUCAGUUUUUUGUUGAGAUUGCUGAUUCUUGGCCAUUCUAACAAUUACAAUAGCGUUUCAGCGCUACGUGCUUGAACCCCUAAUGAAUAUGUUAUAUGCCGUAUAUGUUUAGCAAAAUGCUGCUCUUUAGAGUUCAUUUUUCUAGCUGACUAACAAGUUUGGUCACCGAAUUUGUUUUUUCUGAGGUAAAUGUGACGUUUCGUGACAUUGUUUACAAGCUGUUAUAUUGAUGUCUUUUGCGCAGUUAAAACACUGAUUGAGCGACUACAUGAGUCAGCAUAUGGGUUUCGGAAAGUUUUACUCUUUCUUUUAACAUAUUUUUUAGAUGUUUAUUCAUGUUUAUUUAGUGCUGAAACUGGUAUUAAAGCAGAGGAGAUGUUUAGGUCCAUUUGCCGCUGACGCUUUUCUUGAACUAAGGCACUACAGCAUUCUGUCACUCCAUAUUAAACAGCGCCAAAACGGCAUUUAAAAAAUAAAAUGGACAUCAUUUGAAAUCUGACACUUUCUUUCGCAUCAGAAGUAGCAAAGCACAAAGCUUAUUGCGAUUUACUGAAUAGGAGGUGGGCUACAAUGGUCCGUUCAUUAACUGAGAACAUGCUAGACUAGUUGAUUAUUGGGAUUUAAUAACUGAUAUCAUUUCUUAAAAAGGAGAAUCUAUUAGAAUUGAUAUAUAUAUAUAUUAUUAUUAUUUUUUUUUUUUCCCAGCACUAUUAUUUAACCCAAAAGCAUUUUAUGCACAUUUUGCACUUGGCGAGUGUUCAUUUUGGACCCUGACUGGUUUCUUGAAAAAUGUGUUUGAAAGAACGGCAAUUCAGCUUCUUCGAAUCCUGGAUAUUUAAGUGUAUUUUAUUGUGUUUACACUUGUGCCCUAUAUAUUUGUACACAUUUGUGUGAUUGUAGUGUGCGUGUGUUUGUGAGCGUGUAAGUCUUUAUGUAUGACUGUGUUUGUGGACGGUUUGCCAUAAAUUUCCACAAAGCCAUGCACAUUAUCGCAACUCCCUGACUUUUUGAUACUUCUGUAAAAGCAGUAUAGACUAUUUGUGUUCAUGACUGACAUUUGAAGGAAUUAUGAAGAAAGAUAGCAGCGCUGACCGAAAAAGUGCCAGGUGACAUCCUUAAAAAUCUCACUAAUUAUUGCCUGUCGUGUUGGAGAUGUACAAGAUGUAUGAUUUUUAUAAUACUUGGAUGUAUAUAGCGCCAUUGUACAUAUUUUGUACAUAUCAAUUUUUGCCAUUUUUGUAUGCUGACUGACUCCUUGGAAAAAUAUCGCCAUUUCAAUUUCCUGUUUUCACCCUUUUCACUCAGACGGUAUUUGCCGCAAGAUCGAAUUGUAAUUAAAGUGCAUUUAUCAACCAAAGCAUGUGUUUCUGUGCGUGUAUGCAUCAACAUUAACGGUAUUGUACAGCAUUUGGUAUAUCAGGGUGUGCGUGCUUGGUAUUCUUGUUCUGUAUUACUCAUGCUUCCCUAUUGUCUAAUUGCCAUUUGGUAAGCAGUGUGAAGUCAAUAAAACGAAAUUUGGU